AUGCAUUCAUCAUCAACAAUCCUUUCCUCCACCAAUUGGCAGGAUCAACUCGAAGAAUUACAAGUCUUACAAUCCAUCUAUUCCGAAGAUGUACAACAGGUUUGCGAAUUUUCCGAAAACGUGUCUGACUCUUCGAACAGUGGUACCCAAACAUCACCCGAGAUCACUCUCCAAUAUCAAUUGAAAAUUAAAUCUCUUGUGGAGCGAGGAAUGAUCGAACAUGGAGAGCAAGAUCAUGUGUAUCACUUGUUUCAAACAGAAGUGCUCUUAAACGUGUCAUGCUCGAACAUGUAUCCAUCGCAUGAAUCGCCACAGCUGGUCCUUGAGCCCUUGCAAAAGGAAAUUAUCAUUUAUUGUCCUCCUGAGAUGGAACCCGAACAUGAAGAGUUUAAAGAGAAGAGAAGAAUUGCUCAUGAAAUUCAAUCCUUUGAAAUUCAAGAAUUGUCUGAUUUGCUCAAGAACAAAGCCUCCCAAGCAUUAGGACAAGUGGCUCUCUUUUCCCUCAUUCAAGACAUUGAAGAUUACUUGACCAAGUCGUCGAGUGAAAUUACCAAUUUCGAUGCCGAAUUGGAAGCAAUCAUUGAGAAUCGAAAGAAAUCAUUGAAAACUGCUCUUCCACCUUCACCUCCCAAAUUUUUACACAUUACAGCCACUGGUGAAUCCAUGUCCAUGAUCAAUGAUUCAUUAAUCGCAACAAGUUCAACAUCAGCCUCAGGAUCACCAAAACUUUCUCAACAUCCAACAUCAUCCAAUACUGCUAGUGGUAAUGGUAGUAACAGUGGUGGUACACUUGAAGACAAGUCACCGAUCAAUUUUGCCUACCACGCACGAAAAUUUACCCACCACCACCAUGACCCCCUAUUAUGGUUGGAUCAACUCAUGAUUCCAUCCAAUUUUGUGAAAGAAAUUGGUGAAAAUAAGCAAUUAUUCAAUCGAAUUUUACACAAGACGGCGAACCAUGGUCACAAUAAGUUAUACGUUUGGGGAGGAUUCUAUAAGGGAGCCAUCAGUAACGAUUUAACUCUUGUGGAAAUGGACACGAGUAAAAAGCUCAUGUUCACCAAACAAAAACAAUCCAAACCAGCCACUCCAAGACUAUUUGCUAGCUUCAAUUGUCUCCCUCAAAAAUCAUUGAUUCUCAUCGGAGGAUUGGAUGCCAAUAACCACUUACAAAGCGACAUUCAAAUUGCGAACAUUUCUGAUUUACAUUGGAGAGAGGUCAUUCCUGAGAAUGACAAACUACCUCCAAUGGCUGAUCACUCCUCUGCAUGCAACCAAAACCUGCUUUAUUUAUUUGGUGGCAUUGGAAAGCAAGGUUUCUCGAACACCUUUUAUGUCUAUGACGUUCCUGUGAAUACUCUCACAGUAUUGUCUCGCGGAUCUGACAUAUCACCAAGAGCAGGCUCUGCUAUGGCCCUUUUAGACGAUCAUUUGUAUGUCUAUGGUGGCUAUGAUCACUCGACCAUUUAUAAUGACCUGUAUCAAUUCAAUGUGAAAACAACAGCCUUAAAGAAGAUCAACACAAGCUCAUGCUCUCUGUCAGUGCCACCGCUCACAAUGGCUUCCCUUCUAACAGUACCAUUGAAGAAAGAUUCGUUGUGUUUGCAAGGAGGUUGGGAUGGUCACAAGUGGAAUUCUGCAAUCUUUGAAUUUAACGAGAGCAACCUGUCAUGGUCGGUAUGGAAUGAAGAAAAUUUCGAUGGAAUUGCCUAUGGCUCAGUGUCAACCCAUCUCGAUUCCUAUGUCAUGCUUGGAGGUGUAAAAUCCUCGUCGUUCCACUCGGCUCAAGACAUCAUGAAACAUCUCAACAAGUCAUCCAAAAUCAUGGCCAAUAAUGAUCAGCAACAUCCUGUCAAAAUACUUCGAUUUAAUAAGGGCCUCAAAUUAGACGAACAUCCAAUGGAUCAUUUAGGAAGAAGUUAUUUGAAAUGGUUCAAUGAACAAGAUGCUCUCGAUGCAGAUGUGAUUUUCACUCUACCACUUGAGGAAGAGCAAGGUUCUGCUAUGGACAACUCGAACCUUAUCUAUGCACACAAGACCAUGCUUGAGAGGUCUCCAGUUUUGAAACGAAUGAUCGUUGUGGCAGAAAUGAAAAAGUAUCAAAUCGUGGAAGACAAUGUCGAUGAUCAAUAUGUUCAAAAUUACAAGCUCCAUCAUGGCGAUCCAGUCACCGUUCGAAUUACCUACUUCCCCAAAGUCACACAAGCACAUGCAGCCCUCAGGAGCGUACUGCAAUAUCUGUACUCGGGAUUUAUUGAGGUGCGCCAUCUUUCCGGGGAUGCUUUUAGUGACAUUUAUCGACUUGCCAUUCACUUGAAAAUUCCAUUAUUGGCCUCUGCUUUUAGCGAAUCCAACAAUAUUCCAUUUGAUGUAUUUUUCAGUCACAAUUCAAAGGGAUAUUGGGAUCAGAUAUCCAAUGAAUUUUUGAAAAUUCAAGAAGAGCCCACCAUUGAUGAUAUUGAGGUUUAUCGAGAAACGUUGUCAAGUGACAUGUCCGAUUCAGAGAGUCCUCCAUCGUGCUUGGCUAAAUUUAUUGCACCUGAUUUGUCUCAUCAUCCACCCAUAUUUAAGAGCAUUCUCGCUCAUAAGGGUCUCCUCAAAACGAGAUCAUCCUAUCUUCAGGCGCUAUUCAAUUCGAAUUUUUUAGAAGCACAACAUGGUAUUGUGGUUUUCGAUCAUGUCAGCAUUCAGAGUAUUUUCAUCAUCCUCAAGUACAUUUAUUCAUUGACACUGAGUUCACUGGAUGCAAGCAAUUGUGUAGAGGUCUAUCUUGCUUCCCAUCAAUUUGAUAUUUUGGACCUACAGGACAAGGCGCGUGCCAUCAUUAAGGAACAAGAAUUGGACGAACACACCGCCCUUCAAAAUCUCCACAUUAGCGAAUCUCUAAAUGACAAAUUCUUAAAGGACUAUUGCAUUUUCAUGUUUGCCAAGAAUUAUGAUGAAAUACUCAAGAGAGAACCAACCUUUUUCCACGACAUGACCUCUGAAAUUAGAUCUCAAAUUUACCGAAUACAUUUGGCAAACAAGAGCAAGAGUAGUGGAAAGUAG